AUGUAUGGGUUGUAUCACUCGACAGGUGCAAAUAUAUUAGAAUUCUUCUGCUUCUACCUGGUCCAGAAUGUGGUCCCUGCCGCUCUCAUCAUCACCACACGGAAAAGCUCUCCCCUGCGCUACCUGUGCAUUCCAGGGAUGAUAUGGAUCGCGAGCAGGUUCAUCCGUCGCUCUGGCUCGUCUGGCAGUCCCGCAUGGUGCCAGGCCAUAUCACAACUUGUCAUUGCGACUUUGCAGGCAACGAAUCUAUUGUUGCUCAAUCCUCUGGCCAACUCAGAGCGGAGUAUAAAGAGCGUUCAAAACUUCGGAUCUAGGUUGAUCGCAGCAUUUCGCUUGCUUGCUCAAACCCGCGCUGUCAAUACACAAAGGCAGGUGAAAAAUGUGCCUUCUCAUCCAAAGUAUUACCUGUGGCGGGGUAUGCAGGUCCCAACACGGGGUCGAUUUUUGCUACGACAGUUAGCAAUCGUCGCAUGGCAGUACUUGGUGCUGGAUAUCGUGCAAACGGUCUCGCUUCAGCAGGCUAAGGAACGUGGCCUGCAUGAGCCCACAAAGUUGCAAGUCGAAUGGAUUGUGCCUUUAGGACAUUGGGCAGAGCGAAUAGCCACGUAUCUGUCUAUUUGGGUUGUAGUAAACCGUCUAAUUGGCGAUCUUGCGUAUCGAGUACUGUCAAUAUUCUUCGUCGGGAUCGGGCUAGAUUCUCCUGCAGACUGGCCACCAGCUUUCGGGAGUUUGGCAGACGCAUUUACAUUACGCAACUUUUGGGGGAAAUUCUGGCAUCAAUUCAUGCGCCAGCCCUUUACUUCUAUCAGCAACUUUAUUGCACGAGAUGUUUUGAAUCUUGCCAGAUCUUCAAUACUCGAACGAUACACCAAUCUUUUUAUUGUCUUUCUCAUCUCCGCGGUAUUUCAUGUCCUCGUCGACAUACUGCAGGGCAUUCCGAUGGAAAGGUCCGGCUCGAUGCCGUUUUAUUUAGCAUUUGUCUUGGGAAUAAUGAUCGAGGAUGGAGUGCAAAGUAUUUGGAAACGGGGGCAAACACCUGACAGCAGGCAAGAGGAGGCACAACAACCUUCAGACAUUGUGCCGCUUUUGAAGCGUGCUGCUGGGAUGGUAUGGGUUAUGCUAUGGCUUGGGGUCACCUCGACAUGGUAUUUCACUCCGAUGAUUCAAUCAACGAGUGAUGAUCUACGGAUGGUUCCUUUCAGUGCCGCAAAAUAUAUCGGCUUACAGCCGCUCAUAGCUAUUGUCGUGGGUAGUGGGGUUGGCAUUGCGGUCAUAUUUGAAGUCGAGAUAUGA